AUGUCGUCGAGAGUCUUCUUCUUCGACUGCGCGGCGUGCCGAAGCCCGUUGGACGAUGAGAGGAAUCUCCCGCAUUCAAUUGUAGAAGUCGAAGAGUCGAACUCUGGAGUUGGCUGCGAGAGCUGUUUUCCGGAUGCUGAUUUUGUGGAAAAGCCGAUCGCUGCCUUAUUCAAGAUGUCGAACAUAAAGAGAACCGAAGACGGCUGGCACGCCAUAGGCCCCAUGAAGAUUUUAGAUUGUGGAGGGUGCAAUUCCCCAUGCAUUCCGGACAACGGCGAUGAAUUACAUCGGUGCCAAAUCUGUCCGCGCAUUUAUUGCGCCGAAAUCAACACUUGCGAAAAGCUCGUCGCACGUUGUUGUAAGAAGGAGCUGGUGUUAUGCUCGGAAGCCGUAACAACGGCGAUUAGGCGAUAUAACCGGAGCGCAGGAGCGCACAACCGGCGGCUGGGCUACACCGAGGACCACUGCAAAAAAUUCUUCGCCAGGCUUGCCACCGGACACUUUCACUGCGAUUAUUGUGUUCGCGAUUUUAAGGUGGAGAUGGGUGCCCCCAUGUCGUGUAAAAUGAUCGCAUGCCCAGAAUGUCGUGAAAAGGCCGGUUUGCCGAAUCUAUGCAAACUUUGUCGCCCCGGGCCUGAGACACACCUUGAGUGGGCGAAAAGAAUAUUGAAAGAAUGGGAAAGGAGAAAGGCAAAAAAAGGCAAUGAAGACAAUGAAAAGACGACUGAAGAAGGAAACGGAAAAGAGAACCGGCCAGCCCUCGUUAAUGAUCAUCGGGAUCCCGGAACUUCUCCCAAUAUUAUGCCAAAACAGCAUGGCACUUACAUUGUCUCGCACCCCGAAGACAUCUGCAGAAAUUGCAAGAAAACCUUCGUGGUCGAAAGUCUGUUUUGCUGCUUGGACUGUGAAAAAGAAACUUUUUGCGGAGCCUGCUAUGUCCGCGGUCAUAAGGAACACAACUAUAUCGAAUUGAAAGACAAGCUACUGACAGAAAUGGAAGACACGACGCGAGAUUUUGUGAGCCAGCACUAUGAGGCGCUACAUCGCAGGGGCCAAGACAUCCAGGCGGAAAAUGCGAAAAAUGCGAACCAGUUGCUGGCGAAGAGCUUGGAGGGUCUGAAACUCGUGCCGGGCCAAACCGAUUAUGCAAGCGGAGCGAAAAUAUGCGUUGAAGUCCGCGUUACGGCUGAGAACUAUGAAAAAUGCUUCGAGAAACUUUUGCUGCACGUCCACAUCUACAACAAUGAGCUCCAAGAAUUGACGCAGAACCUCGCUAAUUCCUUGCAACAGUGCGCGCCCAAA